UUCAAUGUUUGUUUUAGGUAUUAGAUGAUUUGGAUAAUAUUUCUUUGUUUGCUUUUUGGUAAAAGAUUCAAUCUGGUAUAUGAAAUUGACCCAUUUACUUGUUUGGAAAUGAAAUGGGUUCAAAUAGAGAUACACAGUUAGAUGAUUCAAAUCACCUCUCACAGGUAGAUGUAGUUGAUUGAAUGAUUAUAUAAUAUUUGUUUGCCUUUUGUUUUCAGUUGAAUAUAUUGUGAAAAAAAAAUAUGGCUGAAGGAAGGGACAGAUUAUCCAGGCAAGAAGAUCCAAUAGAAGUUUACACUCGCAGACGCCGUCCACCACUACCACUGGAGCAGCCACCAGCCGCCGCCGACUGAACAGUGAGCUAGGUACUUGUCAGAAAUGUGUCACCAGAUGCUGAUGAGUCAGUGAGUGAGCUGGUAGAGCACUUCUUCAUGGUCAACCAUCAAGAUCAUUACUUAACUCAUCAGGUUGUAUACAAUGCCAACAAGUUGACAAAGCUAGUCAAUGAGAAGAAGAAAGAGCAGAAUUGGCUUGACUAUUAUCAACUCAAGUAUACUAGAAAUCAGUCCAAAAGGCCAACAUCAAAGACUGGUUUUCUGGGCUUAUGCGGCAAGACCGUUGAUGCGAUUGAUUUCAAUACUUCUGAAAUUGAAAAGCUCUCAAAAAAAAUAUCUGAUGAGAGAAUGAAUAUUAUUGGGAGCACCAAGUAUAUUAUGCCAGCAACAUUUGUUUCUUUUAGAACAAGAUGGGCAGCUGCGGUUUGUGCACAAACACAACAAGCCAGAAAUCCAACAGUGUGGUUAACUGAGUGGGCUCCCGAGCCCCGUGAUGUCUACUGGGAUAAUUUGGCAAUUCCUUAUGUUUCACUGUCAAUCAGGAGGCUUAUUGCUGCUGUGGCAUUUUUCUUCCUUACCUUCUUUUUCAUGAUCCCGAUUGCAUUUGUACAGUCCCUUGCUAAUAUAGAGGGAAUAGAGAAAGCAUUACCUUUCUUGAAAUCCUUAAUUGAAACGCUUUACAAAGCAAUAUUGCUCAUAGACGACCUUCCCAUGGUAGACGACGUAGGUCACAGGCCAACGUAGAUCAUGGUUUUGUGGAUGAGGAUAGUGAGGAGGAUUCAGAUCAUGUCUCUAACACCCAGCGUUGACUUUUUGAUUCGUAUACUUUUGGAUUCUAAUUUUGCUAUGUUUUCUUGGAUAUGUAUAUGAUAUUUAAGUGUUUGAA